AUGCAGGGAUUCUUUUCCGAAAGCCGCAGCCUAAGCCAAAGCCGGGCGGUGAAGCCUCUGCAUAACUCCGAGAUGACGGCAAAGGACGGGGGUGAGAUAACCGAGAAGAUCCUGAGGCUCACUUUGGAGAUUAUCUGCGUGCUGACCGGAGAGGAUUAUAUUGUCGUGAGGAAGCCCGGCGUCAAAGACCGCAAUAGGUCCGGUAAAGAAAAGCUAUGCGCGGCACAGGGGCCCAUCGUGGACCCUCUUCCUAACUCACCCACUCGUAAAGACAACCUCCUGGAACCCGCAAGCAAAAUGCUUCACGUGCUGACCAGGGAGGUGCCUGUGAGGUAUGAGGACGUGGCAGUGAUUUUAUCGAUGGAGGAAUGGGAAUAUUUAGAAGGACACAAGGACCUUUAUAAGGACGUGAUUAUGGAAAAGAAAUGGCCUCUCAAUUCACGGGGUAAGUGUGCUUUUUUUGGGGACCUGUUUUCUAUGGAAUGA